CGAACGCAUCGAUGUUGAUAAACAGUUGGUGCAGAGGAGGUUACUGUGUCCUUUUCGACAGUCGUCAAUCAAGCUUGCGUAAAUGAACCUGGUGUUUCUUCUCUAGAGUUUGCAACAAUGAAGAUCCAGUUUGGUGAGAAGGGAGAAGUACCAUGGGAUGUGUUGCUAGAAGCAGUACAGAAUGAACAGAGACAGCAAGAAUCAGAACAGUUCCAAAAUCGUAAAAGUCUGUGCUCAAGGAUUCGUAAAAGAUGCUGCGAUUCAUGGCUUACUCUUGCAAUCCUUGUGAGUGUUGUGUUAGCAGCACAAGCUUGGGUUCUUCUAUACUUUACGAUGGGCUGUGCCUCCGUCUAUAAGCUUGGUUGUGAUUAUUCAGACGAAGCUUGGGUUCUUCUAUCUUUACGAUGGGUGUGUUUCACUUGCUGUCGUUCUUAUAAAAUCCAGGUGUUGGUGGAUAACCAUGUCGCUCCGCCUGUCAUUUCUCAUGUGUGUCAAGUUGUGAUGAUGUGA